AGCAGAAAAGCCAUGGUUUUCCCUGUGGUAUUUCUGAAACUAGCAGACUGGGUCUUGCACCAGCUGCUGGCUAACUCAUGGUAUAGAGCUAGAAGGAAGAUGGGAAACUAUGGGUUCUUUCUAAAGAACCAAAACAUUAGGUCAUCAUCACAGCAACAAGCUGCUUCUUCGUUCCCUAGUGUCACCAAGUGUGAUUUAGGCAAUAACAGAAGGUUUGAUACAUUGGUUUGUGAUAUUCAUGGAGUUUUGUUAACAUCAGAAAACUUUUUCCCUUAUUUCAUGCUUGUUGCUUUUGAAGGUGGUAGCAUUUUGAGAGCUUUUCUGUUGCUUUUAUCAUGUUCAUUUUUGUGGCUUUUGAACUAUGAGCUGAAAUUGAGGGUUAUGAUUUUUAUAUCCUUCUGUGGGCUUAGGAAAAAGGACAUUGAGAGUGUUGGCAAGGCUGUUUUGCCAAAGUUUUAUCUUGACAAUCUGAAUCUCUAUGCCUAUGAAGUUUGGUCUAAAUCAAGUUCAAUGGUUGUUUUUACAAGUAUACCUAGAGUAAUGGUGGAGGGAUUCCUCCAUGAAUACAUGAGAGUCAAUGGAGUUGUAGGGACUGAAUUGCACACUGUUGGCAACCGAUUCACAGGUUUGCUGUCCAGCUCCGGCUUGAUUGUAAAGCAUAAAGCCCUAAAGGAAUACUUUGGAGAUAGAAAGCCAGAUGUUGGCCUCGGAAGUUCAACCCUCCAUGACCAUUUCUUUAUCUCCCUUUGCAAGGAAGCCUAUGUUGUGCACAAUGAAGAUGGCAGAAACAACCUAAGCUGUGUAAUGCCAAGGGAAAAGUACCCGAAGCCUCUUAUAUUUCAUGAUGGGAGGCUGGCUUUCUUGCCAACUCCUUUUGCAACUCUUUCAAUGUUCUUGUGGCUUCCAUUUGGGAUUGUUCUUGCCAUAUUUAGGAUUCUCGUUGGGAUCUGCAUGCCUUAUAGGUUAGCUAUUUUCUUGGGUACUCUGAGUGGAUUGCAGCUGAGAUUCCAUGGAUGCUUCCCUCCAUCAAAUUCACAACAUAAAAAAGGUGUUCUAUAUGUCUGUAACCAUCGAACUCUUUUGGACCCAGUUUUCCUUAGCACAGCAUUGUGCAAGCCUUUGACUGCAGUCACCUACAGCUUGAGCAAAAUGUCUGAAAUGAUAGCUCCAAUCAAAACAGUUCGGUUGACAAGGGACAGGAAGCAAGAUGGAGAAACCAUACAAAAGUUGCUGAGUGAAGGUGAUUUGGUAGUGUGCCCUGAAGGAACCACAUGCAGAGAGCCUUAUUUGUUGAGGUUUAGCUCAUUGUUUGCUGAGCUAGCUGAUGAGAUCGUCCCAGUGGCCAUGAACGUACAUGUAAGCAUGUUUUAUGGGACAACUGCAAGUGGGUUAAAAUGUUUGGAUCCCAUCUUCUAUCUGAUGAACCCCAGACCUAGCUACCAUGUUCAUAUCCUUGCAAAGGUGGCUCAGGAGUUAACAUGUGCAGGUGGAAGAUCUAGCUUUGAAGUGGCAAAUUAUAUUCAGAGAAAGCUGGCUGAUGCUCUGGGAUUUGAGUGUACUACCCUUACAAGGAGGGACAAGUACUUGAUGCUAGCUGGUAAUGAAGGGAUCGUCCAUGAAAAUAAGAGAAAUUAACAAACCCUGGACAACAAAAUUAAUUUGCACACCUUCACCAUAUGGGAUUCACUUAUACAUGUCAGUUCUUUUAACUAUUUGCUUACCUGUUUUCCAGUCCCCUAUCCAAUCAGCCACAGUUUUCGUAUGGUUCUUUUUGCCAGAUUAUAUAUUGCACCAUUGAGUCUGAAAUUUAUUUCUAUUGUUUUAUUAUGACGGCAGACUGCAACAUGUUAUGUAAAAGUGAUACUAUGAGGGUACCACCAUAUUAUAAAAUCAUCCUUCAAUUCUAUAAAUAAUAACUGUCAAUUGCUUUUCUCGAAUACUCAAUUCAGCCAUCUUAA